AUGGCAAAAACUAGUGCUUCAGCUGUUCUAGUUGUCCUUGUAGUAGUAUUAUUUCUGGAUGGCUAUAAUGCUGCUGAGAGUUUAGAAACAGGUUAUCAACCUCCGCCAGGUAAAGCUGAUCCACCUCCACCAGGUUAUCAACCUCCGCCAGGUAAAGCUGAUCCACCUCCACCAGGUUAUCAACCUCCGCCAGGUAAAGCUGAUCCACCUCCACCAGGUUAUCAACCUCCGCCAGGUAAAGCUGAUCCACCUCCACCAGGUCAUCUACCUCCGCCAGGUAAAGCUGAUCCACCUCCACCAGGUCAUCUACCUCCGCCAGCACCACCAGUUGCCCCAGCACCACCAGCUGCCCGAAAACCUUGCUUUUUCGGAAUAUGUCCUAUUUUCAACUGUGCCACAUUUUGUUUUGGAAUAGGCUAUUCUGACGGCCAGUGUAGUUUGAUUAUAAGGUGUUGUUGCAGUUGA